UCACGGCGCAGUCUCGCGAGACGCGGAGCGGCUCGGCGCCGAGAUCGCCGCCGCUGGGGAUGAGCGCGGCGCCGGGUGCCCGGGGCCAUGCGUGCCCCGUUGGGCCGCCGGCGUCGCCCGUGCGCUCCGUGCUGCGGCACGUGCAGCUGGAGAACCUGGCGGCCGGGCUGAGCGGCGGCGUCGUGUCCACGCUGGUGCUGCAUCCGCUGGACCUGGUCAAGAUCCGCUUCGCAGUGAGUGAUGGAUUGGAGCUGCGGCCAAAAUACAAUGGGAUUCUCCACUGUAUGACCACUGUCUGGAAGCGUGAAGGACUACGAGGCUUGUACCAAGGAGUAACUCCCAACAUGGUGGGAGCAGGGGCUUCCUGGGGACUUUAUUUUUUCUUUUACAAUGCCAUCAAAGCUUAUAAGAAGGAAGGGAAGCUGGAAAGUCUCACUGCAACCGAACACCUGGUGUCAGCUGCAGAGGCCGGAGCCAUGACUCUCUGUAUUACGAACCCAAUAUGGGUAACGAAGACACGACUUGUGUUACAAUAUGAUGCUGGUGUUGAUCCAUCCAAGCGACAGUACGCAGGGAUGUCUGAUGCUCUUGUAAAGAUAUACAAGACGGAGGGCAUACGUGGCUUGUAUAAGGGAUUUGUUCCUGGUCUGUUUGGAACUUCACAUGGAGCACUUCAGUUCAUGGCAUAUGAGGAUUUGAAACAGAGAUACAACAAGUACAGAAACAGAGUGUCAGAUACAAAAUUGAACACUGCAGAAUACAUAAUGAUGGCAGCUGUAUCCAAAAUAUUUGCUGUAACAGCAACGUAUCCCUAUCAAGUUGUACGAGCUCGUCUUCAAGAUCAGCAUAAUAGAUACUCUGGUGUGUUAGAUGUGAUCCGCAGGACAUGGAGGAAAGAAGGAAUUCAUGGAUUUUACAAAGGAAUUGUCCCCAAUGUGAUCAGAGUGACUCCUGCGUGCUGCAUUACCUUUGUAGUUUAUGAAAAUGUGUCAGGUUUUCUACUUGGUUUUAGAAAAGAAAAUAACUAAAAGUAGAAGUUUCUAUUCAUAAAAAAUAUGUCAAUAUAUCUUUAUUUUUUUAUAUUUAUGAUCUGGAAGAUAGUUACUUCAGCAGCUUAUUUUGAUGCUAUGAAUUGAUCUGGUAUUUUGAAGAAGGAAUUCUGAGGUAGCGAAACCCUGUCUGCAUCUCUUCUGCUGUGUUGCUGCAUUCCUCUCCCUCUGAAUCAGCAGUGUCUGCUCAAAACAGAUGUCUGCAAGUGUGAAGUAGCAUUGUGACUGGGUGAAGGCAGCUGUGCAGCAUUUCAGCUCAUCCUGGCCUGCCUGGAAUAAUGGACUAAUCUGCUUGACAGGUCUCAAGAUAACAAUUGGUGAGAUUGUGCUACAGAAAACUUCAUAUAAAAGCAAUUCCUGUGUCUGCAGUGUCUGAACUUUCUUAAGUCUUUAUCUGAGUCUCAUGAAGAAAAUAUGUAUGUAACUGCUUACAACAGUGUCUUCAGAAUCCAUUUCUGUUACUUGUAAGAUUUUAGGCUGUGGAAUGCUCCAUGUUCCAUCAGUCAUCCAACACAAAAAAUGCAGCCUUGGUGGGGUGCAGUUUGGAAAAUCAGAUCGUUUUGUAAAAUGGUCAGCUGUCAAUUCCUGGUUUUCAGUAAUUGCAAAUUGAAAUCCACUUCUUGUCUCAUACCAAGGCAGAUUUGCAGUGUGGUUUUUGGCUUGUUUUUAACACCAGACCAAAGUCUGUUGUGCACAUUGUUGGCAACUUAGUUCAUUUGAUUUCUCAUCACCCCACCCUCCCCGGCAACGGCUCCAUGACUGGUACAUCUGACUAAAUAUUGCUUAUUUGAAAGAAGGCUUACUUUAAAAAAAGAAUAAUCCAAAUAAUUCAUUAGUGCUGCAAUUUUAAAGCAACUUUAACAAAGACUGGUCUUUGAAAAAAAAAAAAAGAUCCAUAGGUUUUCUAAAAACUCUGUGCACAGGGCUUUCUUAGAAAACAAUGACUUCUGAUCUAGAUGAAUUACAGUAUGUUUCAGUAUGGUUGAAUAAUAAUGUUUAUUUUGUAUUCCAAUAAUUGCUGACAGAGAGAGGUUUUUUUUGGAGACUUGGGUUUAUUUGGUGUAGUUCAUCAUUGAGGAAAUAAUUUACUGACCAUAACAUUUACCUUCUACUGUGAGUAUGAAGGAGUAUCAGAUAUUAUCAACUGAGAAGGAAAGAAGCUAGUAAAUAUUUUCAACAGGUGAGGGGGAAUAAUGAGUUUUAUAUGAAGCAGAGAACACUAUCAUCCAGCAAAACAUCUCAAACAAGAAUUUCUCUAAGUGAUUAUUAACAGAAGACAUAACCCAGUGCAGAAAUAAGGCUAUUGAUUUUUAAUAUAUUUUUUUAAAAAUUAAAGAGAGAUGGUUUUACUUAAUU